AUGGAAUAUCCGGUGCUCCCACGACCGAGCCUGACCUUUACCGUGCCGAGCCUGCACGACGGGCUUCCCAUCGACUGUCGCAUUUACCACCCUCAAUCUCUAGAUGCCAACCCCAACUCCCCACCAUGGCAAAAACAUGCUGCCGUUAUAGCGCAUCCUUAUGCCCCGCUUGGCGGAUGCUACGAUGACCCUAUCGUGGAUAUCGUUGCGGGGACCCUGUUACGCCUAGGCUUUCUUAUCGGGACGUUCAACUUCAGAGGUGCCCAUGGCUCCGCUGGCCGAACUUCCUGGACGGCCAAAGCGGAACGAGCCGAUUACAUGUCCAUUGUUGGCUUUGUGACUCACUACGCACACUUCCUUGAACCGUUCCGGGACGGUACGCCGGUUGUGGCUGAAAACGCAGACAUCGACGGGGCCUGUCAUGCAGCAGAUACCGCUGCUCAAUCCAUCACACCUGUCCUGCUGCAAGGAGGGUAUUCGUACGGCUCCAUGAUCACGAGCCAGCUCCCAUCCCUCGGGUCGAUAGUCGGUCUCUUCAAUGCCCCAGAAUGUGGGACACCCGCCGCCGAGAUCCGUCUGCGAGCACAGCACCUCGCUGAAAUGCAGAAUACUGUGCUAGCAAGCGCCCGCGAAGCCUCUGUGACGCAUCUCGGGCCUCGAUCGCCUCGAAAGCACGUCGGUCUACGGGUGGGUGGGGACGAGAGCAGUCGGCGGACGAGCCACGAGUCUCCGCGCUCUCGAUCAGCAGAUUUCGAGGAAACGAUACGGCAUGGCGUGGCCGAGCUGAUGGCGCGUACCCGCAAGGGACACCGGCGAUCACGGAGCGGGAGGAUCCAUCCGCCGCAGACCCCCAACGGAACCGAAGAGGCCGCACCCAAUCACCUACUCCCCGUUGCUAACUUUCUCGCACCCUCCCCGGCCUAUCUGCUGGUUUCACCUUUACAAGGCAUCAUCACGAACCUCGCCUCCAUGUCUCUCCCACCACUCCUAAGCGCACCGGGAAAAGCCUGGGCUCGGUUCUCGCUGAGAGGCAGCGAGACGGCGGCUGAGUCGGAAACCCCUGAGACGGACGGCGCCAUUCUCCAUACAACCCCAACCGAAGCGGAAGACAAGCUCGUGCAUCACACCACUCUCGCCAUCUACGGCGAUCGGGACGGAUUUGUGCCUGUGCGGAAGCUUCGAGAGUGGGCCUCCCGGCUGGAAAAUGUGGACGGUUCCAAGUUUCGGGCCCAUGAGGUGUCGAGUGCCACCCAUUUUUGGGCGCCCAACAAUGUUGCCCUCACGUUACGGAAUGCCGUCAGCACGUUUGGUGCGUCACUCCUUGAGUCUUAA